AUGUUCGGCUACCGCAUUACCGACGAAAUGCGAGAGCAUAUGUUUGACCGUUGGAGCCAGAAGAAUCUCCAAUCCAUGGCCGACUACCAUGAUUGGACCGUCCCCGAACUGAAAGAGCGCCUGCUCGAGUUUGCUGCUUUCCAUGACAUCGGCACCCUCGACAGUUUCCUCGUGGCCAGUAACGACAAAGUCAACACCAUUUCUCAGUUUGAUGGCGCCCCGGAUGGAGUGAUGGACUGCGAUACCCUUGACGUUCCCCGUACCCCGACCAUGACUUCUCCUGUAUCUCGACAGAGCGAUGAUUCCGAGUCCACUUUCGAUUUCAGAACCUCUCUUUGCGCCACACCUCUGUCUCAAUACACUCCUACGAAGCUUUCGUAUAACGCAUCACCGAAUAAAUAUGAGGAUAGCAAGUACACCCGACUGAUGUGCCAGACCGAUGGCUCUAGUAGCGGCUUGACCAAGACCCUCGCAGAGGUACAGGGUCCUUGGGAUGAAUCGGUGAUGAGCAUCGACAGCCAGCCCAUCGUCCGCUUCUUCGACCCCGAGAUGAGCCUGAGGCAUCGAGAUGUCUCUGAUGAGAAUUUGCUGGCCUAUAACCACAAGAGGGGCGUCAUGAACCUCUGCGGCAUCGAGCCUUCUACUGGGGCUCUGCAGACGGACCCUCAGACGCUCGUCAUUUCAAUUGAAGGCGUCGUCUGCGAGGACGGCAGCGCGGGCGCGGCUGUCUUCUUCCACCAGAACUCUCCUUGGAACACGGUCACCUGUGUUGAGAGCAACAUGCCUCAGACCAAGGAGAAUGCCAAGCUGGAGGCUCUUUACGUUGCCCUUCAUAUGAUCCGAUCCACUGCAGCUGUGGACCCGUCUCUCAAAGCUGUUCGCAUCAUGUGCGUCGGCAGGGAGUUCUGCAUCGCAAACACGAUGAAGGAGCUCAAUCUAGGGGCAGCCGAUCGCGAAGCCGUUGAGAAGUGGCUCCAGGACGUUGAUGAAGCCACCUUCUGGGAGAUUAACCAGCUCUGGAAGGACAUCGCCAAGGGAGGCAAUGGCCAGCGUGCCUUGGACGUCCGCCUGUGGAACGUUUUAGAGGAGACAGUUCGACCAGUCACAGAAAUGACACUGGCCUACAUGUACGAGCGGCACGACCGCGAUUGGUACCAGGAGAACGGCAAGGCACACGGUCACUUCGAGGUGCACAGUCCCAAAGACCUCAAACCAACCUCCUACGGUAAAUUGAACUCCAUAGACAACGCGAAAGCAAUUCUAGAGGAGAGCUUGGGACAGCGAACUAUCUUUGCACCGCAGGCCAUCAUCGACAGAGGACCUCGGGCAGUGUCGCAGUGGAUAACUGAGGCCAAGGCGCAGCUCCAGCAGGAUUUCCUGUACACGAUUCUGGCUCCUGACAACCGCCGCGAGAUCAAUGACGGACUCCGAAGCAGCACAGGAGAGCUACAGAGUACGGAGGAGUUCCUCAAAGCUCACGCAAGGUCGACUAGGAUCAUGGGAUUCGAAGAAGAGGCGCAGGAACGCAUCAACCAAUUCAUGGCAGAGCAGCGAGCCAUCUGGCAAAAGAAUCCAGCACAGGACCAGUAUAGGGCGUACGGCAGCACUGGAGGCAACCAGGACGAUGAAGCUGGAGAAGAUGGUCUGAUUGCGGACAAAUUGGUCAAAGAGGUCCUCGAGAUGGAUUGGGAGUAA